GUUUACUGAAAUCACGUGACAUGGGCGGUUUGGUACAUAGGUUUGAUAGACGCUUCGAACCACUGAUUUAAAAAAAGAUUCAUUCGGAAGGUUUCGAAGCUUCAUGAAGCAGCGUCUCGAAAGCGCCAGGAAUAACAGAAAUCUGCAAAGACUGUGGAAAAAGAAGUGAUCCAGAGACCUUCAAAAUGAAGCAUGAAGAUACUGAAGAUCAAAGAGACCUGAUGGAAGAGAAUGAGGAGAGUGAAGAACUGAGUGAAGUGGAGGAGAAACAUCAUGAUGUCAAAACUGAAGAAAAAUCUUUGAGUUGCUCACAGAUGGAAAGUAAAUUUGAACUGACAAGAGCCAAUAAAAAUUUUACUUGCUCUCAUUGUAGAAAAAGAUUCUCAUGCAAACAAAGUCUUAAAAAUCACAUGACAAUUCAUACUGGAGAGAAGCCGUACACAUGUGAUCAAUGUGGGAAGAGUUUCAGACAAAAAGGGGGCCUUAAUAGUCACAUGAAAAUCCACACUGGAGAGAAGCCGUACAAAUGUGAUCAGUGUGGAAAGAGUUUCCCAUACAAACCGAAUCUUAAAUGUCACAUGAGUGUUCAUAGUGAAGAGAAGCCGCACACAUGUGAUCAGUGCGGGAAGAGUUUCACACAAAAACAAACCCUUAAGUAUCACAUGAGGAUCCACACUGGAGUGAAGCUGCAUACAUGUGAUCAGUGCGGGAAGAGUUUCCCAUACAAACUGAGUCUUAAAUAUCACAUGAGCGUUCAUAGUGAAGAGAAGCCGCACACAUGUGAUCAGUGCGGGAAGAGUUUCACACAAAAACAAACCCUUAAGGAUCACAUGAGGAUCCACACUGGAGUGAAGCCGCACACAUGUGAUCAGUGUGGGAAGAGUUUCAGAUUGGCAAGUUCUUUUAAAGUACAUCUGCGUUCCCAUUCUGGAGAAAGACCAUUUAACUGUGAUCAAUGCGGUAAAAAAUUUUUUUACGCAAAUUCCCUGAAAAACCACCAGAAAGUUCAUACAAAGGAGAAGCCUUACAUGUGUUCUCUUUGUGGAAAGAGUUUUUCACAGAUGGUUGGUUUAAAAUUACACCAGGAAAGACACAGCGGUGUGAAGAAUCACAUGUGCUUUGAUUGUGGGAAGUCCUUUUUUACAGAUGAUGCACUGAAAAAGCAUCAGAGAAUUCACACUGGAGAAAAACCUUACAAGUGUUCACAAUGUGAAAAGAGAUUUGGUCGCUCAGAAACUCUGAAAAACCAUGAGAUGAUCCAUACUGGAGAGAAGUCAUACACAUGUGAUCAGUGUGGGAAGAGUUUCAGACUAAAAGGACACCUUAAUGUACACAUGAAAAUCCACACUGGAGAGAAGCUGUACACAUGUGAUCAGUGCGGGAAGAGUUUCACACAUGCAAGCUCUUUUAAAUUACAUCUGCGUUCUCACUCUGGAGAAAGACCAUUUAACUGUGAUCACUGUGGUAAAUCAUGUUUUACAGCAUCUUCUCUGAAGGAACACCUGAACAUUCAUUUAAAGGAGAAGCCUUACAUGUGUUCUUUGUGUGGAAAGAGUUUUUCAUGGCAUAGUGUUUUAAAAAAACACCAGAAAAGACACAGUGGUGUGAAGAAUCACAUGUGCUUUGAUUGUGGGAAGACCUUUUUUACAGAUGCUGAACUCAGAAAACACCAGAGAGUUCACAAGAAAACCUUACAAGUGUUUACACAUUGACGAGAGAUUCAGUCAGUCAGAAAAACUGAAACCACAAGAGAGGAUCCACACUGGAGGGAAGCCGUAUCGCAAAAUGUCUGAUUGUUAUAUAUAAUUUUUCUUUAUGAUGUAAAUUGAAUCAUUAUGCUUUAUUAUGAGGUUUAUUGUUGUGUACAUUUCCGAUAAUGCAUAUGUGCCCCUUUUAGUUUAUAUAUAUAUAUAUAUAUCAGUCUUAUUAUAAUCAGGGUCUUUUUAUAUUCGUAACAAUACAAGAUAUCAUAUUGUUACAAAUAUAAGAAAACCCUGAUUAUAAUAUGACUCCCCUCUUUCAAAAAGCUUUUUGUUAAAGAAAAUUAGGCUUUUUGAUGAACAUUUUGAUAAUACUGCAUAUUUUUCAUAUAGUAAUUUUUUGUAUUGGAAGUAUGGUAAAUACUAGUGAAAUGUACCAAUGAUCACAUUUAAAAAUAAAAACUUUUUGGCAUACCAUAAAAUAACCUGUAGCCCAUCUGAAUUAUAUAACAAUUAGGCUAUUCAUUUCAUAUAUGGUGAAAACAUUAGCCUACCAAAAUGUCAUUGAGUAAAAGUGAAAUCUUAUAGUAGUUUUGAAAUCAUGUAUGCGGAAAAGUUUGGUCUCGUCAGCGAGGCACGCAAAAAUGACAGUCACAUGGCUCUUAAGGCCCUUGCACACUAAGAAUGAAAACUGUAAUGAUAUAACGAUAACUAUAUAUUUGCGUCCACACCAACGAACAAUAAUAGUCUGUUUUAUUCUAAGCUCACACGCUGCAGUUUCAAAGUGUGUACAACAUGUUUCUGCUGUUCUUGUUGCAUUUACACAGCUUUAACCAGCAGAUGUCCUCAGCAUGCCUAAUCGAAUGAAUAGCUAGUGUAAUCAAUCUAAUCUAACAGAGAAUUUAGCUGACAAAGUCAAUAUAAUGGAAUAAUUUUCACUGCAACUUCAAAGGAAUCAAGACAGUGUUGUCAAAACUAGCACUGGAUACCUAAGGUAAUUUUAUGUUACACUGUUUGCUAGCCUGGCAUAAUGAUUAUGCAUAAUGCACUUCUCACCAUUUAUUCCGAGGGCAUGAACAGUUGUUUUCCAUAUAUCCAUUUUCUUUAAAGUAUCCUUGAAAAGGGGGUUUGGCUUGUCAAGCAGUGAUGGCUUUUUCUGGACCUUGGCGAUUAACUUCUCUGCAAUUUCCUGCUGGCACACUCGUAUUUUGUGCUAUGUAUUGUUGCGAGUGUAUUGUUGACAUAGAUGUCUAGACCCUGAAUAUAAGACGAGCCCGUAUUUCAGAUGCAUUUCUAAGAAAAAAACAUUGUCUUAUUCUGUUAUAUUCUGAACAAUCCGUAUUACAUGUACAGAAUGUUAAUGUGCUCACAUGUACUUUGGGAAGCUGAAUAAAAAGCUAUAACACUUUUAAGAAA